CGGCGGCCACAUCUUCGGCUUCUAGAAGCCGUUGCUACAGAGAGGGAGAAGGAAGAAUCCUCCCGGCUGUCGACGGCUGCGGCCGCGGCAGCGAUCGUGCGCAAUGCCGAGUCCACAGUCGGAGAUCUAGGUAAGUAUCCCUAUUCCUCCAGUUGAGGGUUCAGGAAGCCUUAGAAAGAAAGAGGAAGAGGCACUGUGAGGGAGGAGAUGAGAUCGGGAAUUCCUUUUCUUCUCUCUUUUUUAUAAGCUGAUUCAAAAUAGUGGCUCGCUCACCGCCGCGAUGCUCGGGGCGGUUGAGCGGAAUCCGCGGCCAACGAUGCACAUACUUAUCUCAAGCCUAACCUUCCAAGGGAUAGAUCCCAUGAAAGGUUGGACUCCUAUGUAUCUUCUAAACUCUAUCUAAUCCCCGUAUCUUAUCUUCUAGUAGCAGCCUCGUUGCCAUCUUGUUAAAGGAGAGGCACCGAACUCUUUUUCCUCUUACCGAGACAUUCUGAUAUCAGGGAUACUAGCAGCAGCAUGGCUGCAGACCGAAUUAGCGAACUCCCUGAUCCCAUCCUUCACCACAUUCUCUCCUAUUUGCCCACCAAACUUGUCGUGAAGACUAGCAUCCUGUCAAAAAGAUGGAGAUAUCUAUGGGCUUCCUGUUCCCACGUCCAUAUCGGCAUUGAUGAUUUCCCCAGCAUCACCAGCUUCGAGCGUUUUACCGAAGCUGUGCUGCUCUGCCGUGAUGCAUCGUCAGCCAUCCAAACCUUCCAUCUCUGCUGGGACCGAGACUACGACCAAUUCCAUGCUGAUAUAUGGAUCUACCAUGCAGUGCAACGCAGCGUUCGAGAGCUCGAUCUCGCGCUCGCCCUCAACGGGAAGCUCCCGCGGUGCAUCUUCACUUGCAAAACGCUGUCAAUCCUCAAGUUGACACUGAAUAAUCACCUCAGAGAUAUGGAGUUCCCAAUUAAUCUCUCCAGGCUGGAAACCUUGCACCUCUCGGCCACCACUUUCGAAGGCGACACCUUGGUAAAAUUAAUCUCCGGAUGCCCGGUUCUCGAGUGCUUGAAGAUGAUGUUCUGUAAGUUUUAUGUGCUGGAGAUCAAUUCUAGGAAACUCAAGCAUUUAGAUCUUUUGGAGACUGGUUCCCGUCGUGCUAGAGUUCGAGUUGUUGCUCCGGGCCUGAAGUCUUUGGACAUUCGGAGUUUGAAAGCACAGGAAAUUUCUCUGGAGCAUUUGACAUCCCUGGAGAGAGCAGAUCUUCGCAAUCUUACUUUUCAUGGUGAAACAAGGGUCUUUAGAAGCCUAUAUGCUGUAUCAAGUCUCCAGUUAAAUGAUUCGGCUUUGGAGUAUAUUUUCAAAGAGAUGCUUUUCUCACAAAGUGCUCCAACAAGACUUCAAAGGCUAAAGAAUUUGAAGCUGAUGACAUGUAUGAGCGAUGCCCCCUUGGAAGCAAUUACUUGUUUACUCCACCAAUCACCUAAUCUUGAAAAUCUAGUAAUUGAAUUUUAUAAGGAAGCUAGAUUCGAAAGAACAUUUUGGGAGGAGAAAAGGCCAGUCCCGGAUAGUUUCUUUGGUAAGCUUGAGUUAUUGGGUAACCUGAAGUCAGUUGAAAUUCGUCACUUCAAAAGCAGGACGAGCACUCAUGAACUUGUGAAGUUUUUCCUCUCAAAUGGAAAGAGGUUAGAGAAAAUGCUCAUAAUUCCCAAGCAAGGGUAGUUCAAAGUUCACAAAGAGGAACAUGUUGAGAGAAAACCAACCAACUUCAAUUUAAGCCAUGUUGGCUCUUCACUAGAUUUGAAGUACUCUGCAUUUGUUCUUGGUUUUAUGAUCAUACAAGGACUUAAUUAUUGAGCUUUGCUUGUGUCGGUAAGUACUAAUCCUAUAUAUAAUGAAGUGUUUG